AUGCUUUUUCACAGCAUGUUAUUUUGAAAUUGAAAAUCAAACGAGUUAAAAAAACAACAGCAGCUGUUCAUAGAUUUUUACGACUGUUUUUCACGGUUUUUCAUUUUCUCCCCACAUUGGAGUUGGUAGUUUUUCCUUCAAAAUGUCCUCAAACAAGAACACUAAACAGAAAACAGUAAAAGAGAUAAUGGAAAAAAUCGCUGUUCUCAAUGAAAACGUCCGCUCACGACAAAUAAACACCGCCCCCAAACGGUUAUCAACACUGGAUCUUACAGAGCCAGCCAGAAAGGUCAAAUUUGUGGAACCGGAUAUUCCAGAGGUUCCAAAGCAGACAGUGUCCAAAGAUCCGGCGGACAACUCAUAUGCUCAGGAGAUUUUUAUGUACAAAACCAACGUUCACGCCGUGGCCGCCGCGAUAGUAACCAAGAGAAAUGGUGAACAGGGAGUGGACAAGAUGAUCCGUGCGUUCAAACGGAAGCUCUACCGAAUGUUUGCCAAGGAGCCGAAAAACCGCAUCCGAUAUCCGUUGGAUCAGGUUCGCUUCGAGAGCGAGUACUAUGAGUAUCGGUUCUUUCUGGCACUGUAUCGGCCGUUGCACAGUGAUGAACAAUAUCAGGAGUAUUUGCAGCUGUUGGCUGCCGCUGGCGUGGCCGAGUGCUGGGUCUCGAUGAGGAAAAACAACCGGUUGCUGGUCUACGAAGAUAAAAUAGUGGCUAAGGUCAAAAGCAGAUUUAAAGAAUGGAGUUUAAAGUUGGAUAAACUGGAUUACUAUUUGAUGGAUAUGCACGCAAGGCAGCCGGCAUCCAUGAAUAGCAAGCCCACUGUUACGGCCCUCGAAACAUCACCCGGAGAAAGAGUUAGAACAGAAGAUGAGGAUAAGCUACUUGAGCAGAUCCUAAACCAUUCGAAUGCAUCUCGAAGGCUGAUGAAUCAUCAAAUAAAGCAUCUGUUUCCGCGAAUACUGAGGAAUUUGCAAAAAGCUGAUGGUUUUCGUUGGCUUGUUUUCGACGACGAUGAACUGAACAAGCGUUACCAACUUGGGACUUAUAUGCCAAACGCUUCAAUGGAACUCGAAGGAGCGAUCAAAGACUUUCAACCAGAAAGUGCUGCAUGUGGUAGUCGGCCUGGCAGUGCGUUAUCUGAUUGUUCAGAAAUAGCUGAAAUGCGCUCGGAAAUGGCAGUGACCCAGCCUCGCGAGUUACCUCAGUUGAAUAGUACCCGAUUUGCAGAUACACAAGCUCUGAUAAAUGGUUUGGAAGGACUACGCGAGACUGAGGACAAUGCGGAACUCCAUGUUGACCAAAUUGCAUCAGAGAUUGAUCGACAAGAGUCGAUGCUAACUCCGGCUCAGACCGAAAUCGUUGAGGUAUCGGAUUCUCCCGUGCGUACUGAAGAUGAUGAAAUUGAGAUCAAGGAAGAGUUCUUUUAUACGCUGGACUAUUUAAAAAAGUUUACUAAUAUCGAUGAGCACAUAUCAGAUGAAAUCAAGCAAAAGUAUCCAAAUGUAUAUGAGAAGAAAUUAAUGAAAUUGGAUACCUAUGUAGAGAGAUACUAUAACAAUGUAUUAAAUAUAUUAUUGACGAAUACGUUGCCUCCAGGUUUGCGAAUGUUAACCAGGAAGGAAAGAAGAGAGCUUGAAGCAAAUCGAAUGAAAACCGGAUCACAACUGAAUAUUUCUGGAGUGUCCUCCAUUGUUUCAGAUAUUCCAUCGACGAUUCCAAAUGAGAUAAGUCCUAUUACAGAAACCCCUUUGCCGAGAGUUAUACGCAAAUCAAGAAAAAUCAUGUAUGAAGACGACGAAGAUGAAGAGCUGUCAACUGAACCAGACACCAUGCCGUUACCUAAUUCGGAAGAUUUUCUUCCUCCAGUAUUCUCAACGCAAAUACCAAACGAAAUGUUUGAGCCACCAGCUCGCCGAAAUGACACACCUCGACCAGCUACAUCUAGCAGUGCCCUCUCCGUACAAAGUUCUGAAAAAUCCACAUCUCCACAGCGUCCACAACAGAAAUCAACAGCGCGAAGACGAGACACGCCAAUAAACUCUCCAUCUAACUUAGCAACUUCACGACAGCACCCGCCCCUCCCGACUCCAUCCUCCCGAGUUGCAACGCCAGCGUUCGAAACGAGUGGACUGAAUGAAACCGUCAUCGACAACCCAAAUGCCAUGAAAUCUCCAACCGCCAUCAAACGCGAGCUAAACAACACUUCGUACGAGGGGGAGGUAGAAUACGUCGAGGUUAUCGAUGAACCCAUUCAAAUUAAUGACAGUAUAGACGUCACCGCCCAAAACAUCCCGCAACUCCUGGAGCGGCAACCCAGCUGCAUGGCAGCACUUCCCGAUAAUUUACGAGGCAUGGUUAGUUCACUAUUUCGGGAGAAUCGCGACACGACAUUAUCGCAAGGAAGUGGCACCAGCGGGGGAAGUGGUGACCCAACAGGUGAUACGCAAGCCAAUAUUUCUGCACAGCCAUCCUUGAUGGGGUUUCACCAAGCAACUGCAUCAAUGCAGGCCAAUCGAUCACAUUGAUCAGUCUCCAAUCCACCAAAUCCGAAUCUUAUAUCGCCGAAUCUCGUCUAACGUCUGUGCCAUCCUCGCCCAUAAAACGCUCUCAGUCGCACGUCACACCAAUUCAAUCGCAACCAUUCCGGCUGGCAUCCAAUCCUUUUCAGCAGGCAUCCUUUCCACCAUACUCGCGUAACUUACGAUUUCUGGCACGUCCGGAAAUUAUUUCGGUGCAGUUUUUCCGUCACCCUACCACUCAUCGUCAGCGUCAUCACCUGACCGUGACGCUGAGUCACCGCAUGGACGGAAUCUUCCGGUUGACCGUUACCGAUCAUGAGGUGCGAAAACUGCUGAAUCUGUCGGCUGGGGAGCGUGGCUGGCAAGCUCUGGUGUCCACGUUGAACCACGUGGCUCGUUUCGAGUACGAUCGAUUCCUCCUCCCAACUGCGUAUCAAUUUCGCCAGAUGAAUAUAAGCGAAAAAAUAUUGCACCUGUUUUUUGCAACGUUUCCGGAAUGUGCCCAAGGACCGGGUUGGAUGCUGCGUUUCGAUGAUGUGAGGAAUUACUGUGAGGGUGACGGCGUUUAUUUGGAAGAGUUUAACUGUUUCUCGCAUUCGAAUGCCGGACAAAGCCGCUUGAGGGAGAUUGAUUUAAGUGAAGGCGUGAAUCCCUCAAUUGUACAAAGAAUGAAAGAAGUGAAAAAACGGAACGAAUGCCGCACUAAAUCUAAUAUAAACUUUGAAUGCUA